UGUUGUUGGGGGUUUUUUUUGGGGGGGGGGUGUCUUUUGUUGCAUCAGUGUUUAGAAAGAUGUUUCCAUCACGAUGGGAUGAAGAAUGAGCCCCUGUUCUGCAUUUUGGGUAGCGCACCCACCGGUGGUCCAGCUUUACUCCGGCAGGACGGUUUCCUUCACAAACCGUAGAGGAAGGGUAGCACCUAGUGGGAGUAAUCCCACAUUGCAAUUAAGAAAUGCGAAGGGCUCCGAACUAUUGCGAGCACGACCCAAGAUACAUAAUAAAGAGAAAACUGUACUUUUUUGGUCAUAAAAAGUAGAUGCAAACUAUUAUAUAGUAUAUUCAACUUCUUCGUGAGAAACUUCACAAAGCAAGAACACAUUUUAUCCCUGUUCUGAACUAAAAGUGGUUGUUAAGGUUUAUUAUUUCUUCUUUCAGUCCGUAUUGUGUGAAAUGGUGUAAUAUUGCUUAGAAAAUGCCUAAUUAGAUAUGACUGAGUUAUUUGCAUUUUUAAUACUGAAUUCAGUGAAAUAUUUAGCCUCCUGAAUAAAACCAGCAAAAGGAGUGAGUGAUCUAAACUGAACCAGAGGCUCAAAUAUGCUCAUUUAAGCUUCACAAUCUUGCUUAGAGGAUGCAGGAAAAAAGAGUAUGGUUAGUCGCACAGCAGAGUUUAUUGCCUAAGAGUUGGGAACUCUUCACAUUUUUGGGACUUGAAUGCUCUCUAAAAUGUGUGCAGUUCCAUAGGUUUGACUUUGACAGUCAAUGGAUGGCUACUAGACAAAAACCUUUCCUAUUUCUGAAUCAUUGCUCAGGGAGAAAUUAUCAGGGUCAGCGUUAUACUCAAGUGAUACCAGAUAGUUGCCAAAGACUUGAAUUGUGCAUUGUUCCACCCAAAGACAGAAUAACUCAGCUCCUUCUAAACAGAGUGCUCGCUCUCUGCAAACUGGCUCACAUACUGCAUAUAGCUGGGCAACAGAAAUACACAAAUUCAUAAUUUCCAUAUUUCAUGUGAAUUGUAAUGAAUGGUAUCUGUGAAGUUAUAUCUGAUAAUGUCUGUUCACAGAGAUUGUUUUGCCUGUGUGUUUGCAUGUACAGUUGAAUAUGUUUAGCUGGAACUGCAUGUUCUAGGAAGUCCAGUUGUGAUGAAAAUACACAUGUUCAAGCAUGAAAGGUAUUGAAGAAUCAUAGAAUAAUUCAGGUUGGAAGGGACCUCAGGAGGUCAUCAAGUGCUCAAGCACUUUCCUCCUGCCAGUGUGAUAGACAUUGUUCUGAAUAAUUUUGUGAGGGCAAUGCUCUGCAGAGCCUGGGGGAGAGGGAGGGAAGGAGGGAGGGAGGGCAGCCAUUAGCUGUGUAUUACAUGUCCUUGGCCAAUACAGAGCUACAGCGUGGCUGAGAAACAUAAUCAAGUGAGCAAUUAGUGAAGUUGAGAGCUGUAUUAAUUUCCUUCAAGCGCCUUUGCAAAAAUUGGAAGGCAAAAGGUACCCUCUCAAUGUCAUGGUGACAUGCAGGUUGUUUCUGCCUCAGUAAAGAAAAGCAUUGAAGGGGACACCUUCCACAUGCAUCUUGAGCAUCACUGAAUUUGGAGGACACAAGAAAAGAGGCUAUGCACCUUAUGCCAAAUGUGGAAGUACUCCCAGCUGCUUCUUUUCAGGUGAUAUCUAGGAAAACGUGAUUCUUGAUUUCCUGUUUCCCUGCUUUGGUUAAUUAUCAGGAAGUCACAGCACUGUCUGAUACCAACAAAAGCAGAGGACAGCGAUGUCAUUUUAUAACAUGUAGUGGUGUGGUAUUUUACAUGGGCAACAUGUGAGGUUUUUAUCCUGUGCUAAAUUGCUCAUAAACCCUAUGGAGCAGUUUUAAAUCAGGGUUCUUCUUGUGAGCCUUGGCUCUCUGAAAUUAAUCUUCUGUAUCUCUGUGAAACGUUUCAUUCACGUCUUCAAAUCUUCCCUUGGUGAUUUUCCUAUCUGUGAAUAAAUAGCAUUCUGACCUAGCUUCUACUACAGCAACGACAGAAAGACAACCAGACCUUUGCAAACAUGAGUGGAAACUACAUUGAUCUUCUCCAUUAACCAUCAACAUGGAUCAACAGCCUUACACUGUCUCCUAGAAUUCAACAGUAUAAGGAUUCAGCAAAAGAGCUUCUCCUAAUAGGAAAAAUGCAACUCUAUCUAGAUAAUUAGGAUAUCAAAACCAACCUCUACGCCCACUUCUUAUCAGCCUGCCUUCCUGUAUGGUUGGUCAGGCUUCAGAAUAGGUUUUAGUGGGGAAAAAGCACGUUUUUUGGAGGAAGCUACAAUCAAAAGAUAAGAGCAUUGGUUUGCAGAGGAGGAAGGUCAGAAUUGUCCCUAAGCCUAUUCCUCUGAGAAGCUAAUCACAAGGGUGGUAUCAUGCCUCGACAGGAACUCUAUCCAAGAGAAAAUGCUUUUUAAUGACAUUUUCAAAACUUACAGGUCUUGCUUAUACCCUUUUCUUAGAAAAAUGUGUUUUAAAAAAGGAAUUAAAAAUGUACUGAUAUAAUUGUUCUUUUCAACAAAGUGGUUCUUCAAUGGUAAAAGAGAUGAUAAUAAUUACAUUGGUGAUUUUGUGUUUCAGAUUUAUGUAUUUGCUUUAGCUGUGAUUAUUGGAGGUAUACUAUUCACUAAUCUAGCACUUUUUACCUAAGCUCGUACCCUCGAUGGCAGAACUGACCGUAUUGGUGUCAAACCCCGCUUGUUUCACAGCCCUUGUAAACUGAUAAGCAAUAUUAAACUGUCAAGGAAUCAAUGGCUUCACAGUGCUUGUACAGUGCUUCACAGUCCCCUGCUUCCUCGUGUCCCCCCAGGGUAGCAUUCCUGAAGGAUACUUUGAACACAGUAGAGGUGGUUCCAGCUUUCUGUUGGGCUCCACAGUUAAGUAUCUGUCCACCAGACUUCAUUAUCUCUUGACACAGACUGAAAUGAAAUUAAUGAAGUCUCAUUAGAGGCUCAGUGUUCACAUUCCCACCUGGAAGAUGAAAUCCAGUUUAUAUACACAUAAAGAGAGAGACCCUGUAUUGUUAGGAUACUCAAACUUGUUUCUCCUUUGGCCUCAGAGCACAGACCCUCCUACGCGGAGGGUGGAGCUCCACAAGCUCUUAGCUGCUCCAGGCAUCCUGGAAAAUACCCAUUCUGUCAGGAGCUUGCCAAAGUGCAUGUCACUGAUGGCUAUAACUAGGGUUCAUGCCAGUGGGGACAUCUGGGAGUGAAGGCUGUAAUUAGAUACUCUUAGCUCUUGCAGGCAGCAUAUCUCAGCUGUGGAACCCACGCCAGAAUGGGAUGCUGGACCUCUAUUCACCGAUACCCUCCCUGACCUGCCACGUAAACUAAAGCGUCACAGAGAAUACGUUUCUUUUCACUUACUUGGCAGGGGAAAUUAUUUGCUGCCUAACUGCCAAAAAUCUCUGCCUAGGGAGUGAAAUAGCAGAAGUCAGCCUCUGCUGGGGCCAAAGUUGAGUUUUCCAGAACAUUUCCUUCAGCCCUCAUCCUCAGCAGUGUUUCCAGAACUACUCCUACCCGUUACCCACUGCAUAAGCCAACUUGUUUUUCUGCUCGGACUGAGUCAAGCUUGAAGAAACUUGGAAUCAGCUUCAUCAGGUGUAGCUGAUGGUUCCCCAGCUUCCUGAUGUGCCAUGCUAAUGAGUUGUAACUGCCCAAAGUAAUGAAAAGCAGCUGUUUCUUACCUGUAAAGAAAAACUGAGAGUUGCUGCAGUUUGUUUGGAGGGAUUUGCCGAGGACUGACCAUACCUGUGUCACAGCCCAGAAGCAGAUUUUCCAAUUCAGCUUCCCCCCUCAAGCUUGCACUUUUUUUCUUGAAUGUCCCUGAAGCUCCAGGUCCUCUGUCAGAAACACCAGCCCUUGUGGAGAUUAUUCAGGCUCAUGACUUGUGGGACAGGAGAGAGAAGAGGGCUCACCACUUUCCAAGUGCCACGUCCAGCACUGACUGCCAGCCCCAUCGUGAUUUCAUUCCAGCAUGCGUCACACACAGUCUGACUAAAGAUCACUAUUUUCCAGCAUCAGUGUGGCAUCCGCUCCUAGGGCGUAAACUGGAGUGGACUUUUUUUAUAAAGUUAUGGGAAGUUGGCAUCCCCUGCACUGGUUUCAGGUGAGACAUGCUCCCAGCUGACCUACAAGAAUAGAGUGGAAGGAAGGAAGGAAUGAAGAAAGGAAGGAUGAAAGGAUGGACAAUUUCUCCACUAAAGAUGGGAUAUAAUACCAGGCAGUAAAUCUCACAGCACGCUGAGAGUGGCCAUAGAUCUAUCAAUAUUUUUCACUUGGAGUCAGUGAGUAAGCUCACCAUACCUCUGACUCUAUCUGCACGCAGCAUCACAUUAAAAUAUAUUGCAUUUCACCCAGUAGAUAGGAAUAGAUACUUUCCUCCCUCCCUUAGCCAUGGUUUCUUUCCCACCUUUUUCAUGAACACAUGGAGAAUAUGUGGAGGUCUGACCACAAGCCCUUUCUCCUUCUCCCAGACUCUUGAACAUUUCCGCUUUGCUGACCUAUAGUCUCAGGGAGGGCUUCAAGGUACAGGUCCUCCUGGGAUACAGGAAUGAAAGGCUAGUUUGGAUGCAUGAUGCAAAAUUGCAAACUUUGGACCAGCUGCCUUAACAGGUACUGGCUAGCAAAGAUGUCUGUACCUACAGGAAAAGACUGUGGGUACAGUUAAUCUGUGAGAGCAGUCUGAUCCUAGGAAAGAAUGAUCUGCUUGGGAUUUUUGGCUUGGCUUGGGGUUUUUCUUCUCAGCCACAGCUCAAGAGCAGUCAUCAACAUGGUCAAUUCCUAUGUUGUGUCAAACCCCCGUGUCAAGAAGUCUCUGGCACAAAGUCAACUCACAGACAACCUUCUUACUGCGUCUGAAAGAGGCAGGCAGCAUUUCUGACCAGAAAUGAUGGCACUGACAGAACAAAGUCUGGAGCGGAGGACAGAUAGCACAAGGCUCGUCUGCCCUAGUCCUUGCAUGCAUGGCCACGAAAACAGAGGGAAGGAGCUGCUGCCACCAUUGCCAAGCAGCUCCUUCUCCAGAUGUGUCAUACAGCUGGACACAGCCCCCAUGGGUAUUUUGAGCUGCUCUCAGUUGUCCAGAGGACCAGGAAGAGGCAAGCCAAAUGCUGCCAGCAAGGAAAAUGAGGGCAGACAAAAAGCCAUAUAACCCUGGCUCAGGGAGACACGCAGAGCAGCCUGUGUUAGUGCCUGCCAAGGGCCAGCACCGACCGAGUGAUCGCAAACUACACGUGGACUGUGGUAGAGGGUGUGGACCUUACUGUGCUGCCGAACUUGGUACCGAUUUAGGCUCAGCUACAGAGGCUCUCUGGGCCAGCUGGUUACUCCUGCAUCAAAUAGCUCUGUAUACAUUGACCAGCUCCUUCUAAAACACCAAAAAAUUUGAGCAGUUGCCCUUUAUUUCAUGGAGCUAACUCUAUUGCUCCUCUAGCAUCCAAAGCCACAUAAGGAGGGAUAUCUUCCAGCUACUGUAGGGAAUGAAAAAGGGGGUUUAUGUUUGGGAGGGACUAAGCUGAGAGGAGGAGAGUGAGCAUCUGCGGGCAAAGCUGGAGGAACACUUCUGCCAACUCACACAGCAUCUCCCAGUACCUGUCUCAAGUGCUUCUGCAACUGCUGACAGUUUUACCUUUUCUUUCCAAUUCUCUCCCCCAUCCCACUGGGGCAGGGGGAAGUGAGUGAGCGGCUGCGUGGUGCUUAGUUGCUGGCUGGGGUUAAACCACGAUACUCCUACACCUGCUGCUAUUAUUCAUACUGGAGGUCAUGCCAUAUAGAAAUCCUACGGCCACCUGCUACUAGUCCAGCCUAAUAGCAUGAACUUCUAUCAACCUUUCUAACCACUGCCAACCUUGUCAACAUGAGCCAUCCCAUUAGAUGGGCUGGAUUUUACCAGCACCAAAGACAAUUACAGGAAAUUUUGCCAAUGUGAUUCAUGGUUUGAAUGCAAACCACUUGACAGACCAAGUCAUUCAGAGAAGCAAGCGAAUGAUUCUGGAUACUCUUGGAGUGGGUCUUCUGGGUACCAGCACCGAGGUCUGCCACAAAGUGACACAGUACAGCAAAAUCUACAGCUCAGAUAUAUCCAGUACCAUCUGGGGCCACUUGGAUUUCCGACUGCCUCCUCUGUAUGCGGCUUUUGUGAAUGGAGUGGCUGUGCACUCAAUGGAUUUUGACGACACAUGGCAUCCAGCCACACACCCAUCCGGGGCUGUGCUCCCCGCCGUGAUUGCACUCUCAGAGGCCUUUCCUCAGAAGAAAAAAAUCUCAGGUCUCGAUCUGCUCUUAGCUUUCAAUGUGGGAAUUGAAGUGCAAGGCAGGCUGCUGCGCUUCUCCAGCGAAGCCAGGAAUAUUCCAAAAAGGUUUCACCCACCGACUGUGGUUGGUACGAUGGGGAGUGCCGCAGCUUGUGCUAAACUGCUAGCUCUUGACCAGCUGAAAUGUAAAAACGCCUUGGCUAUUGCUGCCUCCUAUGCAGGCGCCCCACUGGCUAACGCAGCAACCCAAACGAAGCCCCUCCACGUUGGCAACGCUGCCAAGCAUGGACUGGAAGCAGCUUGCUUAGCAUCACAGGGCCUUCAAGGAAACAAACAGAUCUUGGACAUGGAGUCAGGGAUAGGUGCCUUUUAUACAGAUUACAACCCACAGGCUCUGCCAACCUUGCAUUCCUAUCCCUGGCUGUUGGACCAACAAGACGUGGCCAUCAAACGCUUUCCUGCUCAUCUUGGAACACACUGGGUGGCUGAUGCAGCAUCUUCUGUUAGGAGGAAGCUUGUAGAGAGCAGUGACAACUUUCUCCCCCUUGAUAAAAUUGAGAAAGUCAUUCUCAAAGUCCCAGAAGUCAAAUAUGUGAACAGACCCAGCCCUACCUCAGAGCACGAAGCUCGACACUCCUUCCAGUUUGUCGCAUGCUCUGCUUUGCUGGAUGGCAGCGUGUCGGUCCAGUCCUUCACCAGUGAGAACAUUCACCGGCCAGCCUUGCGGGAGCUCCUCGGCAAAACGCAGCUGGAGCACCCUCCUGAUAACACACCUAGUUUUGAGAGUCUUUACUGUGAAGUGAGUGUCACACUUCGGGAUGGCAACCUGAUCAGCGACCGCUGCGAUACAUUCUACGGACACUGGAGGAAACCUCUGAAAAAGGACGACUUUGAGAAAAAGUUUCAGUCCAAUGCCUCCAGCGUCCUGCCUGCAGAAGCCACAGAAGGCAUUCUAGAGACCGUGUACAACCUAGAAAAAGUAGAGGACUGUUCUGUAUUAAGUAGAUUUUUAUCAGGACAGUCAGCUAGAGUGCUUUCAGAGAAGCUAUGCUUCCUUUGAAUGUUCCAACCGACAGCUAGAUGCUGUUCACAAAGCAAACGCAAAAUUCAGGACAAAUUCUUAUUUAGUGACUCAAGCACUUUUUAAUAGGGCUCCUGUAACACAAGAGCCAUGCUCAGUCCAAUAUUGUGGUUUUAGACCAAGUAAAUAAUUUAGCGAUUGUGUGCACAUCUCAAUCAGGCUGAACAGAAGAUCCUCUGCUGGCAAUCGACUUCAAUUAUCUUUAUACCUCUAGAGGCAGAUCACUGCUUGCGCACAACACAAAAAUUUCCCGGAUCUUCUGCCAGAAGUUGGCUGAAUGUUCUGCUUCUGCUAAAUAACUCCGUAAAGGAAAUCCAAAUUCUGGAGGAGUAUGGAAAUGCUGUGCCCAUGAGAAACAUCACUGUGAGAAGGACAGUAAAAAAACCCUUUAUAUAUUUAUUUCUGUAGAUUUAGCUCUAAAGCCUCGUUGAAGAGGCCACAUUACCUCUGAGCUUUAACGUUUGUGCUAAAAUAAACACAGCACAUACACAGAGUAGUAGCACUUGCUACUCUGCAACGUGUCAGGCUUUGCUGUAAUGAUUGGUCUGGCAUCGAUGAGGUAAAGGUUAGUGCCCCUCCUGAUCUCACCAGCUGCUGAGCAAGAGGCACAACUAAACACACCUUCCACUUUUGGCUGCUCUGUGGUAUAGGUUUGCUCCUGCUGUAUUCCCGCUCCAGUUAGAAGGUGCUCACUCAGCAAGACAUGAUUAGCACUAACUAGUGAUGACAGUUUAGAUUACUUCAGGCACUGCAAAGCAUGGGCUACAAUACACUCGUUAUGAGUGACAGAGACCUGUGAGCAUCAGAAUGCUUCUUACGCUGAGACAAUUAAGUGUCCCCAGUGACAAUCAACUUACCUUGAUAAUGAAUUCUGGGAAUUUUUAGCUCCUGCAGGAGUACAAAGCCUUGCCAGAUUGUGCUUCUAAGGUGGGCUGACGACCUUUGCUCACAUUUGCAAGAUCAAAGCACAUGUUCUAAUAUAUAUAAGAUGUACCUUCCUUAGGGCACUAAACUGUAUGCAAAAAAAUCACAAAAUAAAGCUAAUUCAUUUUACUAACUAAAAGUCAAAUUAUUUCAUUUAUUAGAGCAAAACUUGUGUGUUUUCCACAUGCAAUGUAUUCAUUUGUA